CUAUUAUAAGAAAGGGGAGACUUUGGGGUGUCGUGCGUCCAAGGAGGGUCGAGGCGUCGAGGUUGCAGUACCAGGAAGCAAAAGAGUAGGAGGAUCUCACAUCCUGCAUCGCCCCUUCCUUUUGCUCUGCUGCUGCUGCUGCUGCUGCUGCUGUUCCCCACUGGCUGCCUCCUCUGAUCGACCUUUCUUUCAUCCCACCACCAGACACAGAGCAUCCCUCACCAUCAUCAUCAUCAUCAUCAUCAUGGCCUCAUCCAACAGGCACUGGCCUAGCAUGUUCAAGUCCAAACCCUGCAACGCCCACCACCACCAAUGGCAGCAUGACAUCAACUCCUGUCACCAGAAAACUCCCUACGCUUCAGGUUUUGAGGAGCGCAGCCCGGAGCCGAAGCCGAGAUGGAACCCUAAGCCGGAGCAGAUCCGCAUCCUGGAAGCCAUCUUCAACUCCGGCAUGGUGAACCCACCGCGCGACGAGAUUCGAAGGAUCCGAGCGCAGCUGCAGGAGUACGGCCAGGUCGGCGACGCCAACGUCUUCUACUGGUUCCAGAACCGUAAGUCCCGGAGCAAGAACAAGCAGCGCCACCUCCAAGCCACCCGAUCGCAGACGCAGCCUUCUUCCGCUGCUCCAUCCCCUCCGCCCGUAGCCACCAAGCCCACCAGCACCGCCACGUCUUCGUCCUCCUCAUCCUCCGAACAAUCGACCGGGUCUGACAAAACCCAACUUCCGGUGGCCUCCAUGGGCGGCGCCCUGACGAGCAUGGUCCAUUCAGCAGCGCCUCUGCCGGUGACAUCAGUGAACCCGAUGUACCUCCACGGUUCGCUGGAGUUGGGCGGCGAGUCUUUUCUUCUGCAGGGUCCGCAGGGAUACUGCUUCCCAGCGGCAGAGCUAACAGGAAUCAUCGGUGUGCCAGAGCACGGCACGGGGGUGCACCCCGGACCGUGGGGUGACCUCAUGGGCUUCAAGAGUGGGGAAGACGAUGCCAAGGUUACGGUGCAGUUGCACCACCUCUAUGGAACCGGAUCUUCGUCUGCCCCUUCUGUUGCCACUACAGUUACCAGCGCCAAUGCCUCCGGUGGUGGUGGUGCAACAGCCGGUGUUGCUGCUACUGCCGCUAUCUUUGGUAGCUCCAUCGAUGAGAUACAAGUGAUGGGAGUUGGAGGAUCAGGUGGUGCAGCAGCAGCGAGAUCGACCGUGUUCAUCAAUGAGGUGGCUUUCGAGGUGGCGGCUGGGCCGGUGAACGUGAGGGAGGCCUUCGGACACGAAGCCAUCCUCAUCGACCAUUCCGGCCGCCCUGUGCUCACCGAUGAGUGGGGCGUCACCAUCCAUCCCCUCCGACAUGGAGCCUCCUACUACCUGGUUUAGAAGAACGACGAUGGUGAGGCAGAAUCUAUCUAUAAGCUUGUUUUGCUUGUGGUUUUAGCACUCCAAUAUGCUGCAGUACUGUCGUAGCUCUACUUUCGGACUAUGUAGCUCAGUUUUGCAAGUUAUUUACAAGUACUUUUGGGCUAUGUGAUGUAACUGAUGGAUAUUAUC